AUGUUCAUCUCACUUUUCUCCAUUCUUUUUCUGGUAGUUUAUUGUCUAUUUUCUUUUCAAACAUUACGAGUUCUCUUACAUUAUUAUUAUUUAAGACCUUCUCCCUUUGUCUUUCUUUCGUUCUUUUUUCUCUCUUUCAUUUUUCUUUCUUUCUAUCUUGCGUUGUUUCUUUUUUCUUUCUUUUUCUUUCUUACUGACUUUCGUUUUUUCUGUCGUUCUUUUUUCUUUCUUUCUUUUUUCUUUCUUUCUAUAUUUCUUUAUUUUCUCUCUUUCUUAUUUUCUUUCUUUCGAAAUCACGUUGUUUCUUUUUCCUUUUUCUUUCUUUUGUUCUUUCCGUCUUUCUUUUUAACUUUCGUUAUUUCUUUCUUUUUUUUCUGUCUUUCUAGCUUUCGUUCUUUCAUUUUUCUUUCUUUCUUUCGUCUUUCUUUCUUUCUUUCUUUCUUUCUUUCUUUCUUUCUUACUUUCCUUUCUUUCUUUGUUUCUUUUUUCUAUCUUUCUUUUUUUCUUUCUAAUUUUCUUUCUUUCUUGCUUCCUUUUUCGUUUCUUUCUUUCUUUCUUCCGUUUUCUUUCUUUUUUUCCGUCUUUCUUCCUUCUUUUUUCUUUCUAAAUGUCGUUGUUUCUUUCUAUUUUUCUUUCUUUCUUCCUAAAUUUCUUUCUUUCUUUAACGAUUUAUCCUUCCUCUCUUGUAAUCUCAUCCUUUGCACCUAA